AUGAGUGAUUCAGAACAGCAACAAGAAGCAGAGAUAGUGUCUCAGCCUCAGUGGCCUGAGAAUGGAGAGGAGUGGAGCGAUGGAGAGGAUGGGACGAACAUGGACUGUGGACUCCUGCAGGCUAUGGCUGAGGAGGAUGAGGAGAUCAACGUCCACAAUGAGGAGACGUUUGGGAUGGAUCUAGAUGCAAAUGGGACCACAGAGGACCCCAGCAGCACUCUCCUUCAGUUUGGAGAGCUACCGCCUCCUCUACCAAAACCACAACCACCACCAGACCUUAAACCUCCUCCAUCCCCUCACAGCUCCCCCUCCCCUCCCAGACACCGGCCGCAGUAUCUGCCCCGGGCUUGCAGAGGGAGGGGACAGAGGGGACAGAGGGGAGGGCUGGGCAGGGGCCAGAUGUUUGAAGACCCAGCUGUGAUGAGGAUCAUAGAGGGGCGACCAAGCCUUAAGACUCUCGACAGUGCCAUAGUGGACUGUGGGAAUGCCAUGUACCAGAAUACCUUUGAAGAGGAUUGGAUGGUACCAUCUUACAGAAAGGCCAGAAAAAUCUCAGGAUCUAUACUUCAGGACAGUGCUGUAGUGUGUGUGAUUGAUGGUCACAGAGGCAGAGGUCAGCACCUGACCUCCAACUUCCUGGAUUUGCCAUAUCCUGUCUCUUCCUUCAGGGGCAGGAGAGGGGAACCCAGAGGACCCUACUCCAGAAGACAGUUUGGCCAAAGAGGCUUCUCUCAGGUACAUUCACCCAUGAUGCCAGGAUCACCCAUUUUCUCACGUCAGCCGUUAACCCCACAGCAUCAAUACAAUCAGACGAGAAGUUUUAUGUAUCCUACAAGCCGACCUUGCCCAUCCACUCCUCGAUCUCUGACUCCUAAGAUGAUGCAACUUCGUUUUGGUGCAAAUUCACCAAGGCCAUCCCCCUUUUACAGUCCCUCAUCUAAUCCAGUGCAGCAUUUCAGGUACCCGGGUCCAGUCACCCAGCUCCACCCACAACAUAAACGGCUACUUAGUCAAAAACAGCGACUGUUCCAAAGAAAACAGGAGGGCUGGGAUUCUUACUUUAAUCUGAUGACAGCCAAAGAGAAGGAGUGGAUCACCCGGCUGCAGAUGAUUCAGCUACAAAGUGAGAAUCCAUAUCUCGAGGACUACUACUACCAGGAGUACUAUCGACGAAUAGAAGCUAAGAUGGCAGAGGAAGAGCUGGGCAUCAGGAGCAAGAGAGAGCCACCCAAACUCACCACACCUUACAUCACAAAAACUGACCACCAGUACACACCAGUGGUGCACAUUGAAGGCUCUUUGGGUCAAGUUGCUGUGUCCACAUGUUACUCUCCUCGCCAUGCCAUCAGUGCUGUUCAUGCUGUCCAAGCUCAGAGUCCGCUCGAGGAACAAAAAGACACAAGACAACAGCGGUUAGAGGUCCUCAGCAAAAUAGAAAAGUUGUUCAUGGUUUUGUUGGAGGUGGAAGAGACGGAGAGGAUGAAAACCCCUGUCUUGUCUGAAGCAGAAGAAAGAAGGUUGAUGGAGAAGACCCAGAGGAAGGUGGAGCACAUCUUCUCCCAGCUGCAACACCACGAUCCCCUGUGGGAGUUUCUUCCUUUCCUGCUGGUCUCAAAAGGCAAAAAGCUACUCGCCCGUCUGCUCCCGUUUCUGAAACAUGAUUCUGCAGUUAAGAUCCUGAGGAUUGUGACCACUAACCUCCCUAUUCUUAUGAGCAGAGAUGCAGAUGAGGCUCUUCCAGUGCUCUACCCAUCUCUUCUGAAAGUGAUUGGAAGCCUGACAUUCAGUCAGCUAAUUGGGGUCCUCAGAGAUCUGACAUCGUCUGAGUCUCUUACAGUGUAUGAGUCGCUCUCACUGGCGUGUCAGAACAAGUUUGGAUUGUCCUUACUGUAUGGUCUCCUGUCCAAAGGAGAGAAGUUGCUGUCCUCUGGUGUUCCUCUAGAGCCCAGCAUUGGUGACUUUGAGACCUGGACCGACACAAUAUUCCAGGUGGCAGGGCAGCUAUCACAGUGUUCACUGGUGGAGCCGCUUCUUAUGCCCUCAAACCUGCUCACGCUCUUCUGCCGUUACCUGGACAAGCGGACUGUGCAUCAGCUGAAAAGCAACAUGGAGUCUGCAACCGGAUUCGUGGCUCUUCCAUCUUAA